AUGGAUAUCUCAAUCAAUGGGACAAGAAAUGUGCUUAUUAAAAAAGCUCUUGCUUAUAACAAAAAAUACAUAUAUAGAAAAGCGGAAAAACAGAAAAAUAAUAUACAGGACUGAUAUGGGAUAAAGGCGAUAUAUUUUUUUUAAAAAAAAAAAUUUUAGGAAAUUAGAGAGGGUGUUAUUUUUGAAGAAAAAUAAAUGAGGAUUGGAAAUGAUAGGUACUUAUAGAAAGUAGAGAGGAUAGUUUAUCAAAACCUCUGAGGGCUACGUCAUUAAAUUCUAUUAAUGCUCGCCACAGAGGAGUUUUACUUGAGAACUCUGCCAAGAUUGCAAGAGAUCUGCAAAGAGAAAAACUUAAAGCGAGGUAUAAAAUUUAUGUCAGAGAAGCUGAUCGAAAUUUUAAUGACAGUGGGAAAUUAUUCAUUUUAAGCUGUCUUACUAAGAUAUUUAUAUUAGCUAUUUCUAUUUUCUCUAUAAAAAAGCAUUUUUUUUAUAGCAAAUCCUAUCAAAAUUAAUCAUCUUUUCUUAUUUAAUAAAGAAGAAACCUUUAGAGAUCCCGAUUUCAUUGACCACAGCACCUGCCUUCACAAAUACUCUGACGAAAGCCAAGCUUCUCCCUUCUUCAGAUCUUGCAGCUCCCGAAGCUCCCCCUUCACAAACGAGCUUCUUGUCUCUUCUAAUAUUUCCAUCGACUGAAAAAACGCUGUCCAAAAAAAGCUCUCCACAGUCAAAAUCCUAAAAAAAGAAAAAAAACACAUGAAAUUGCCUCGAAAAUCGUUAAAAUUUAUCAAAUGUGAAAACAAAGAGCCUUUAUAUUCCCCUACAAUGUCCCAGGUUUUUUUAAAAAGAAGUUUAAACUCCAAGUCAAAUACCUCGUCUCCUCACAUUUUUGAUGUCAGUGAUAUGUUUAACAUUUCAAGUGGCAAAAUUAAGCUGAAAAGAUAG